CCAGUUUACGCCCGAUGGCGCUUCCUGGAUGAAAGCUUCUGCUACGGCAAAACUGCUAACAUGGCUGGCCAGGAAGACCCCGUUCAGAGGGAGAUCCACCAAGACUGGGCGAAUCGAGAGUACAUAGAGGUCAUAACAAGCAGCAUCAAGAAAAUCGCAGACUUUCUCAACUCGUUCGAUAUGUCUUGUCGGUCCCGCCUGGCCACUCUAAACGAGAAGUUGACAGCACUGGAAAGAAGGAUCGAAUAUAUAGAAGCAAGAGUGACGAAAGGAGAAACCUUGACCUAGACUUCCAUCAUGAGGAUCCUUAAUAUCUAACUACUUCUCCACCCUUUACCCUGAAUUAUUUUGGACUAAAUGUGCUGGACUCCACUGUCCUGUUUUGGGGAUUAUGUGGACCAUUUUUAUAUUAUGUGACUGAGUUUUGUGUUUUUAUCUCAUGGCACAUUUGUAAAAUAUAUAUAAAAACAUGAAACAGAUUCUGUAUUAGUGGCACAAACACCAUCAUUAGAUUUAAAAUUGAUCUCCAUAAGUAUUCAAAAGAUAUUCUGGGACUAAGUUGUGAAUCUAUUGUCAGCAGUAUAUAUACAGUAUGCCAUUACUAAAUCAGAGACAUAAAGAGGGAACAUUCAUGUGUGCCAAGUUUAACAUUGUGUAGUCUCCUUUAUUUGCCUGUUUGGUGAGGUUUCAGACUUUAAAUACUGAAAUAAAAGCUAUACGAUGAUAA